AUGCCACCAGCACUCGAACACUGCUUCACCCUCCGCGGCUACUUCUCACCCGAACAUGCCAUCCAAGUGAACACAAUAAAAGGCGGACCGCAACGCAUGUCUGUCCCCGUCCAAAGCGGCUUCCUGCGAGGAAGUGGUAUUGAAGCAGAAAUCAUCCCAGGAAGAGCGGAUUGGCCUUUGCUCGACCCGACAAACAAUACCCUCCACAUUGAUGCUCGGCUCAACCUCAAGACGACAUCCGGUGAAGCCAUCUACAUUCAGUAUGCGGGUGUGCUCAAAGCGGAUGAGAAGAGCGCACCGCAUCUGGCGACGGAGCCAGGUGCGAAGAGUACCGAGUAUGGUGAUCAUGAGUGGUUUGUAAAUCCUGUGGUAGAGACAAGUGAGAUAGAGUUGAAGUGGGUGGAGAGCGCCAGUUUUGUUGCGGAGGGCAGGUGGAUUGAGGAGGAGGGGAGGAGGGGAAUUGAGUAUGAAAUCUAUCGAGUUAGGGCAAGUCGGAAGUGA